AUGCCUUCCAUGAUUUCUUCUCGCAAUGAAUCUACAUAUAUCUUGAACCAGAUCAUCAUAUCGCCGUCCGACACGGAUUAUCUCGACCAGUUGAUUCCUUCGAUAAGGGAAUACAGCGUAGGCAAUCGGACUUCACAAUUAUUGCAGUCCUUAUCUAGGUUUGCUAGCGAUAAGGAAGCUGAGAUAGAAACCAUUUGCAAUACCAAUCACCAAGAAUUUGUUACAUCGAUCAAUCAGCUGCUCCGUAUCAGGGAAGGUACUGUGAGCUUAACGGCCGAAAUCCUGGAUCUAAACCAAUCCAUUCAGGCUAGUACCGAAAAGCUGGCUGAACAGAAGAAGGCUCUGGUUGAGUCCCGGAGCCACCGUCAGAAUAUCGAUGAAACCUUCCGUGCUAUCCAGGAUUGCCUGGAAGUUCUUCGUCUCGCGAACCAAGUUCAUGAUCUGUUAGCGAAAAAGAACCAUUAUGCAGCCCUUCGAGCUCUUGAAGAACUCCAGAAUGUUCACCUUAAAGGGGUAACCCAAUAUAAAAUCGCGGACUUGAUCCAGCGAUCAGUACCAGCAACUCAAAGGGCCAUAGCUGAGGCUGUGAUGUCUGAUCUAAACACUUGGUUGUAUAGAAUCCGUGAGAUGUCGCAGUAUCUGGGGGAAAUAGCCCUGUACCAUACGGAUCUCCGUAAGACCAGGCAGAAGGAGAGGGCCGAGAGAACACCAUAUCUUGGCCAUUUCAAAUUAAAUUCCGCCAUCGAGCUCGUUUCCGAUGAGCAUGAGGAAUAUGACCUCUUGCACAACGAGGAGUUACAAGUCGACUUCACACCGCUCUUUGAAUGCUUGCAUAUUCACCAGUCUCUUGGGCAUAUGGACAAAUUCAGGAUUGAGUAUGCCAAUACCCGUCGCCGGCAAAAAGAGCUGCUGCUACCAUCGUCCAUAACACUUGUUGAUGAGGAUGGUGCAAGUCUACAUAAUCUCCUCGAAGAGAUGGCGGGAUUUGCGAUUGUCGAGCGAUCUACAAUGAAGAGGGUACCGGACUUGCGAUCGCCGGUUGAUGUCGACGAACUCUGGGAUUCCAUGUGCCAAACUGCUGUAAACUUAAUCCUGAAGGCUCUUCCCGAAGUUGAUAAUGCCGAGAGCUUGUUGAAAAUCAAAAAUCUCAUUGCUUUAUUCAUGCAAACGAUGAAUAGUUGGGGCUUUCCCGUAGGUGUCUUUGACAACUUCUUGCUCACACUCUUCAAGAGAUACGCCGAACUGCUCAAAAAGAGAUUCAGCGAUGACUUUCAGGAGAUCGUGUCUACAGAUGAUUAUAUGCCUAUGCCCAUACAGACGCCGGAAGAGUUUGACAAAGUGCUCAACGUGAGCUGGUACACCCCUGAGAAGCCACGGGGAGAGCAAAUUUUUCCAUGUGUCUUGCCAUUUUCUCAAAUGUAUCCCCUGUGUUGCAUCGACAUUCGCAAUUUCUUGAACCAGUUUUACUUCUUUGCCAAUGAUGAUUUUUCUCACCCAAAUGUCAUCGACGAGACUUUAAAGGAUGCGCUUGAUGAGCUUCUUUCAAACAAAGUUUGUGACACGUUAGUUGAGCGUCUUGCUUCUCAGUACUUGGGCCAGAUCGUCCAGAUACUCAUUAAUCUCGAGCAUUUUGAACUCGCAUGUCAUGAACUCGAAAACCUCCUUGCAGCAGCGAGGGCACAAAACUCCACGGGCGGUCCUAUCACGCUGAAAGCGACCGAGAAGUUCAGGAGUAACAAGAAGGCAGCAGAGAAGCGGAUAUUUGAGGUAGUCAACUCCAAAAUUGACGACCUCAUCGAAACCGCAGAAUAUGACUGGAUGGCUCCCGUGCCACCUACAGAACCGAGCAACUACAUGCAGACGCUGACCCGUUUCUUAUCCAAUAUAAUGAAUUCGACAUUGCUCGGGCUCCCCACCGAAAUCAAAGAGCUUAUUUACUUCGAUGCUCUGAGCCAUGCGGCUAACAUGAUUCUUGCACUUCCCCUUGCCACGGAAGUAAAGACGAUCAAUCCUAAUGGUGUUAUGGCUCUUGCAAAGGACGUUGAGUAUAUCUAUCACUUUGUGGACAGCCUUGGGGUACCCAUCCUUCGGGAAAACCUUGAUGAACUCCAGCAAACUGUGCAGUUGAUGCAAGCAGACAACACUGAUGAGUUCUAUGAUAUCUCUACACGAAACAAGAAAUACGGACGCGUAGACGCUAUUAAUGGCCCGGUCCUAUUAGAAAAGGUUAUUCGCACUAUUCAAAGUCCCGUGAAGGUUGACAAAUUCGCAACGCUUUCUUCGAGAUUCGGAAAGAAAUCCUAA